UUCCGACUGUUGGGUGAGUUGCCGCUUCGCUUGGGAUGCGGUUACAGGAAUGGCUCAGUGAUGCACCUGUCAAAACAGCCAGACGUCCCGGGAUCUCCACUCCACGUGCGCCGUGCGUUUGUGCCUCGUUCCGUGAGCGUUACCGCCAGCCCAGCGUUAUCGCCACCGCAGCGUUACCGCCACCGCAGCGUUACCACCAGCCGCCGAGGAUCACCGUUCCUCGGUUACCAUGGAGCGUAACCCACGGACUGCUCCACUUAAACCCCCACUCCCAAGUCCUAGAUGGAAAUUUUGGAAACGGAGACGCUAUCUGGUUGCAUUUUUAGCUUUUCUCGGAUUCUUUAACAUCUACGCCCUACGAGUGAAUCUGAGCGUCGCUAUUGUGGCCAUGACGUCACAACACACUUCGAAAGUAGAGUCACAGAAUGGAACCACUCUACAACGGUUCGUGAUGCGAGAAUUUGACUGGGAUUCGAAGCUGCAAGGAAUGAUUCUGAGUUCAUUUUUCUACGGUUACUUCUGCACUCAGUUGUUCGGCGGAUGGCUAGCCGCUCGAAUUGGAGGCGCGCGUGUUUACGGAGUCGGAGUGGCUAUCACAGCCCUUCUCACCCUCAUCACACCACCUUUUACUAGGCUCAGUGUCAAUUUCCUCAUUGCCUUGAGGAUUAUCGAAGGAUUUUUCGAGGGGGUGACGUACCCAAGUAUGCACGCAGUCUGGUCACAAUGGGCACCACCAAUGGAGAGAACCCAUAUGGCAUCCAUCGCGUUUUCCGGGAGCUACGUUGGAACGGUCAUUGCGUAUCCUGCUUGCGGUCUUUUAGCCGAUCAAUUCGGAUGGGCAUCCAAUUUCUAUGUCCCAGCCGUAGUUGCCUUGCUCUGGGUUCUAAUUUGGUUCGCGGUUGUCAAAGACCGACCGAAAGACGAUCCUUACAUAUCAAAUGAGGAGCUGAGGUAUAUUCAAGACACUCUAGGCAACAUUUCAGAUGAAAAGGUAUCAAUACCGUGGAAAUCCCUAUUCACCUCUAUGCCCGUGUGGGCGAUUGUUUGUGCCCAUUUCUGUGAAAACUGGGGCUUUUACACGUUGUUGACACAGCUGCCAAAAUUCAUGCAAGAUACUUUGAACUACAAUCUGUCCAGAUCUGGGUUCAUAUCUGCUCUGCCGUACCUGGUCAUGUCCAUCGUGAUUCAAGUAUCCGGUGCCGUGGCCGACUGGUUACGAUCCACUCAUCUAACCACCACUCAAACUCGAAAACUAUACACUGCCACAGGUUUCAUCAGCCAAACCAUUUUCAUGUUCGCUGCAUCCCAUCUGACCCAUCCUGCUGCCGUCAUAUUAUGUCUCGUCCUGGGUUGCGGGCUGGGCGCUCUUGCUUUGACUUGUUACAGUGUAAACCACUUAGACAUUGCCCCUCAACAUGCUAGUUUAUUGAUGGGACUUUCAAACACUGUUGCCACAUUGCCAGGAAUAAUGAGUCCAAUAGUAGCAGGAUAUAUAGUUCAAAACAAGAAACCAUCCGAGUGGCAAAAUGUGUUCUUGAUCGCUAGUUUUAUCUACCUGUUCGGAGCUGUAUUCUACGUGAUCUUUGCCGACGGAGAGAUUCAACAUUGGGCGAUGGAAAAGUCAAAGGACUCCUGGAGACAACAAGCUGCUUUGUCUGAAGCUGAAGAGUCCACACGACUAAAUCCUCCUGCUACAACCCCAGAGGAAGAAACAGAGUGCGCUCAGCGCAACGAAGAAUGACUUGGAAAUUAUUUUGUAAAAACAGCAGACUUCUUGCUUAUUAAUUUGUUAAUCCUUUCAUAUGACAUAAAGUCCAUUCUGUAUGGUUGAUAAUGUACAGCACUGAAAAAAAAAAGGAUUGGUAGAAUUUACCAUUCCUUCACGCUGUAUUUCACGCACCGUCAAUUGGACCGAGUUCAUCAGAAAAGAACCAACCCACAUAAUGUUUAAACUGAGAAAAAGAGGUUUGAAGUUGAAUUCCUGCAUGAGGCUGAAUGUAAAAAAGGAACUUCAACCCCUCUUUUCUUAAACUAAUUUCUGUUUUUCAACUUUCAAUUUUUGACAGGAGAAAAUAUACGGCUAGUGGAACUCGAAAAC